AUGGCAAGCAAACUGAAGUGGCCAUGGCUCGGAAUAGCUAUUCCGUGCUUCUUGAUUGCCCUGCUUUCCUAUGGUAGUCACUUCUUUAUUCUGGCGAAUUUUGCAUCACGAAGUAAACAAAUAUGGUUUGAAUGUAGUGUAACAAUGAUAUGGAUAUCGUACUAUUUGGCAAUUUACACAAAUCCCGGUAAGAACGAUCGUCCAAUUCAUCCUAAGAAAUAUGAAUGGAAAAGAUACUGUAAGAAAUGCAAGAAUUUUAAAGGACAAAGGACCCAUCAUUGUAAGACAUGCAAACAGUGCGUGGUUAUGAUGGAUCACCACUGCCCUUGGACAAUGAAUUGCGUCGGAUUAGAGAAUUUCCCACAUUUUAUGCGGUUUCUCUUCUGGGUCAUUGUAACUACUGGAUUCUUGUCAUUUCAGCUGUUAUGCCGAGUGGUGUACCUUUUUAAGCACAAGAACCUUCCACACUAUAUGUUUCAUACUUCAGAGCUUAUAUUUCUGACCGUGCUAACGCCUCUCGAUUCUUUCGUGCUGCUGAGUAUCGCACUGUUGUUUUGCAGGUGCCUUUCCAACCAAAUUUUUUCUGGCAGAUCACAGAUCGAAGUCUGGGAGAUGGAGCGACUGGAAGCUUUGUUUUAUUCAAAGAGAUUGAUUCCUCAGUUAAUCCAUAGCGUAAAGGAAGUAUUUCCAGAAGCUCAUUUGCUACAAAGAGAGGAUGAAUUCACUAAACUCCUCAAUGACCGCCGGCUACGGUUUGAAGAUGUGGUAAAUUUCCCAUAUGAUAUUGACGUCUGGACAAAUACCGUGAAUUUACUUGGAUCUCCCUGGCUAUGGUUAUGGCCCUUCAGUAAACCGAAAGUAAGCGGCAUGAAUUUCCCAAAAAAUGAACUCUCGGAGUUAAGUCUGGGGUCAAGUACGCUGGAUAUGUUCUUAUCCCUACCCUGGCCUCCUGAUUGCUGUAAAAAUGGUGUAAAAAUUGUAGUUCCCUCCAAUAAAAUGGAAACUUCAAUGAAAAACGGGGAACAACUAAUAAGAAGAAGGUCACCAGAGCCAGAGCAAUAUGUGCCUAGGACUAAAUGGCAAAAUGACUGGGGGGAAAACUUGGAGGAUUUUGGCGUCGACGUUGAGACAGACGAUCCAGAAGGCACUAGGGAAGAGAUAGAUUGA